AUGAAGGCAAUAUGCAAUUAUUGUAAGAAAAAACUUGGUGGUGUUUCUAAGAAUGGGACAAGUCAUUUGCGUGAUCAUUCAGAGAGGAGGGAGCUUGCCAAGAUGAUAAUAAAUCAUGAAUACCUCUUAUCAAUGGUUGAUUAUGUGCAAUUCGAAAAGUAUUCUUACAGUCUCCAACCUUUGUUUGCUAUGCCUUCUCGAAAUACUAUAAAAAGUGAUAUUUUAAAGAUUUUCAAAGAGAAAAAGGCAAAGACAAUAUCUAAGUUGAAAGCUAAUGAAGGAAGAAUUGCUAUCACAACUGAUAUGUGGACUGCUGAUCACCAAAAAAGAGGAUACAUAGCUGUCAUUGCUCAUUACAUCGAUAAUCAAUGA